AUGGAAAACGAAGCCAGCGGUUUGAUAGACUCUUUCGUGGCCAGACACACUAUAGACCCAAUCUUACGCUCGGAUCUGCUUUCUCGUAAUCAAAAUGGCUCACGCCCUGACCAAGGCACGAUGGGGGCAGAGGUAAAAAAGACUGAAUACAUCAUAGCUUAUAGAUGAGGAGAGGGAUACUGAUAUUGCUUUUCUGCAACUACGUAGCAGCUCUCCUGGGGCGGGAAGGGCGUUGUAAAAGUCAUUCUCAAUCACCAAAAUUGAAGCCGAGAUCGCAGCUUUUCUUGACUACGACAUAAAAACUGGAAAAAACUAUGAGAUAGAAUGAUCCGGCAAAUUUGAUCCCACAAGCUUGGUGAAAAAUUGAUUUCCUGUAUGACAAAAAGAUACCUUAGGGAAUUGCAAAAUAAACUCACGAAAAUCGUUGUUUUUUUCGCUGUUGCGACUGCCCCCUUGAGGUGCUUUGCGAUAUCUCUACAGGAAAAAUAUUACCAAUUUUCAUUUACUUAAAACAAAAACAGCUCAUAGAUUUAUGAAGCAUAAAAACGAGCAUUCCAAGCGGGAAAAAUGGGUCUGUAUCGCCCGCUCGAAGAGUUAGCCAUACAAUAAACAUUUCUGAUAAUAAUCUUAUUUUUGUUUCUCCAGAUUGCUGGGUCAAACAACAUUGCUAUCGACUCGCUUGUUGCGGUUUCAUAUUCGGGGAACAUAAGACCUUGCAAUGUUGAGUCUUUAGAGUCCACGAACAACAGUCCUCUUGCGUUGGUGCAAGGAGUAGCCAGAGCGACGGUUCAAAUGAACAGGGGAAUGCAAGAAAGAGAACAGCGUGAAUUGGAGCGGGAACUACUUCAAAGGUUUUUUUAGGAUGUCAUUACAGCAAUUUUCAAAGUGUUUGAUUUUGUGAUUCCAAAAAGGACAAAAGUAGUCUGUUAGCACCAGUCAGGUCAAGUAGCAACGUUAUGGGUAGAUUUUUAUAGAGGAACUCUGGUAGCAGUAUAUUGUACUGAAGAAGUCAUUUUUUUUUCUCCUGGCACUAACAGAGAAAGAAACAGUGUUGUUACCAAUGCAGUUGAAAAUUUGGAUCAACGUUUUGGUCAAUCUGGUGACUCAGUGACGAACAGAAGCUAUGGCAGCUCUUUGCUUGAAUUGGAACAACGCGUGGAAGAAGUGUGCGCCUUGGUGGAAAGAGUGUUGAGGGAGAGAGAAAGUGCAGAGUUUGGCCGGGAAAUUGAAAGAAAAGAGCAUGAAAUACGAACAGAAAGAGCACGGAAGAAGAGAGGAAGGGAGGCAAGACAGCUCCCCGGAGUUAGCAUGUGGCCUCAGCAGCCAUUUCAUGCACUUCUGUGUAACUUCAGCGAGCAGUGUGAGGAGGUAAGUUAA